UGAGCAAGUGGGCAAAUCUGGGUCUGGUGUCUGGUAUCUGGCUGAGUGCCCGGCAUAAAGCGGAAAACUUGUAAGGAUGGAUAAACUGCGAGGCAACAAUGCGGCUGGCGAGAAUCCCUUCAAGCGGCCGAUGAAUGCGCUCCAGAAGCAGUGGUACCGCGUUUUGCUGGCCCGCCGUGUGGGAUUCGGUCAGCGUCCUCCGCCCGAUGAAAGGGAGCCAACGUACGCGGACAUUUGUCGCAAGCGCUAUGCGGCAUCGUUCCGGCGAUACAACGAGUGUUUCCGCCGGGAAAUGGCCAAACAUGAAGAGAUGCAGCGAUGCGCCAUCGACGCCAUGAGGGUGCACAGGACCUUUGCCAUCACCACACUGUGGCUGCCUUUGCACUCGAAGCGGGAAAUCAACUCCACGCUGGAAACCCUCGAAAAGGUGCUCACCGCCAAAGAAAGACGACGCCUGCAGGAGAUUCUCAAGCAGGGCGAGUCCUGGCACUCGCAUCGCUGAAGCUACAUCCAAGGCCACUACUCACAUUCAGUUUCAGAUUUAAAUUCAGAUUCAGAUUCAGAUCCCGAUUCAGAUUCAGCUACAGAUUGCGAGCCCUACUCAUCCCGUACACAUCAUCAUCAUCGUCAUCAUCAGCUGCCACGGCUAAGUGAAUUCCAUUUAGCUUGGAUUUCAUUCUUGCAGGGAGCCUGAUUUCCUUUCACCGACUUCGUUUUUUACUUAUCCUUCGUUUUGUUCUUGAAAUUUCGCUGUCAGUGGCCAAAGCAUUGUCGUAAAUAUUUAAUACCAGUAAAAGUG